AUGGGAGCCCCUUGUACAGGCCUCACUUCUUUCAAUUGCCUCCGCUUCCCGGCUCCAACUGCUUUCACCAACAAUGUCGCUCCGCCUGAACCCGUCAUUACACCUUCCCCGGUCGAGCACAAUCCUUCGCCCAUUGCUGGCCGAAACAUCUUGAGCGACGUUCAAUCGAGUGUCGGCAAUGUCAUUUCAGACGUUGGCUCUGGCCUCCCUUCGGGGGUCGCAUCUGGAGUGCCCAACUUUUUCCAGGGCUUCCCGACUGGAGACGCAGUUGUGAGCUCCCUCGGGUUGGACAGCUCCCAGUUGGAAGCAUUACCAACAAAUGUGUUGAACAUUGCCCCUUACGCCAACUGGACCAACACAGGCUGGAACGUUCGCUUCCAUGGAAAUGUUUAUAAGCAGCCAAACAUUUCUGUCUCAACGUUGAACGAUUUGGCCGAUGUCUUCCUCGUCAACACUAGUAUCUCGGACCUUCCUGAAUCCCAGCAGGCCCAGGCACGUAACCUCACUGCCGAGAUCUUUGUUGUGCAGCAGCCAGAUGUUGCUGUGGACAAGAUCCACCUCAAGCCUGCAGAGAGUCAGGGAUCAAGCGGACAGACAGGCGGUGGAUCAUCCAACACAACAGGUGGUACGCAAGACGUCACUCUGCCUUACAACACAACAGCCCAAGGUGAUUUUGACACCUUUGUGCCGAUCGACAGCAAUAAUCUUACUGCGGGAAAUGAAACUUCGGCAUUCCAGAGACUGGACACUCAUGUCGAGGGCGCAAGUAUCGGAAAUGCUACCGCGUAUCUUGUGCCUCCAACCGGACUCACCAUCCUUUCUGACAUUGACGAUCUUUUGCGAGUCACCAAGAUCUAUCAACCGGCACAAGGAUUACUCAAUUCUUUCGCCCGUCCAUUUAAACCUUGGGAGAAUAUGCCGGAAAUAUACCGCAACUGGUCCACUAGCCUCCCGGACACUCAUUUCCACUACCUCAGCACCACCCCCGAGCAGAUUACCAGAAACUACAUGGAGUUUAUCUACAACAACUACCCGGGCGGCUCCUUCGACACCCGUCCCCUCAACUUCAGUGACGUCUCCGCUACUCUGUCGAUCCGCCAGUCCCUAUUGCGAAAGAUCUUUGAAACCUUCCCCGAGCACAAAUUCAUACUGGUGGCAGACACCAGCAAUAGCGAUGUCAUGCGCGACUACCCAAAACUGGUCACUGACUUUCCGGGACAAGUGCAUUGUAUCUUGAUUCGCAACACCUCCGCAACUGACCCGGGCAACAAGUUCCCAUACGACACGUCCGGAUUCAAGGACUUGAAGCAGUCGAUGUACAUGUUCUUCGUGAACCCGGAUGAUCUGACUAACCUGGAUAUUGAGAAUGGACAGUGCUAUAAUGAGUCCGUGCCACAGAACCUGACCUUCGGCUACCAGGGACUUCCACUUGGACUGGGGAAUACCCUGUCUUCAGUUAACGGGUCAGCAAAACACACCGGAGCUGCUAGCGGGCUGUUAAGCAAGGAAUCGGCUGGUGUGCAGGGCCUCAUGGCAUUGGUCGCAGCGCUGGUUACGGUCACCUUUAUGUUUCUGUAA